AUAGUAUAGGUACAUAACAUUAUUAUCAACAUUAAUAUUGUUCAAUUUCAAUUCAGUCUAAACAAAAAAAAUCUAGAUUGGAAACUCAAUAUGAAUAUAAAUCAUUUCCGUGGUCGGUAAUUGCUCAUAGGAUACAGACCAGGCAUUAAUGUUCUCGAGUGUAUGGACCAGACAUUAAUGCGUUUGGGUGUACGUUUGCGCAGUAGUAAAAAACGUGUUAGAAGGGGUAAGACAUCAGUGGUAGAGAGCCCGAAAGCAUUGAAGCAACGAGUUCUAUUGAAACGCCACUUUUUAUUGCUGCUAUUUAGACCAUUUUUCUAUUAAUAAUGAACAAAGGUAGUUGGAUAUUUAAUAAGCAAGAGAAAGCUCUAUAUAUUGAUAUUGAAAAAGAAAAUGACGAUGAUGAUAAAAAUAAAUCAUACAGUUCUUGGAAUCAUCUUCCUGAUAUUUUACUCGAAGAAAUAUUUUCCUAUCUUACGAUUAAAGAAAGAUAUUAUGCAUCUUUAGUAUGUCGUGCUUGGUACAGAGCUUUCAAAUUGCCAAAAGUAUGGUCAACAUUUACUUUGCAAGAUACAACUUUAACAAGAGGAAAAUUCAAUUAUUACAGUGGCUGGUGUUAUGUCCUAGAUCACAUAAGAACGUCGGCAUGUCUUAAUAAAGUCGGAAAAAAUUUUAAAUCCCUUAUUUUUGAGCCAGUGUAUAAUUUUUAUAAUUUAUAUGAAUUCAUGACUAUGAUAUCGUGGUAUUCUGAACAAUCAAAUAUCGACGAUUCAUCAGAAAUAGGAGGAAUUGGCACUCAGAUAAGGCAUCUUAAAUUUAUAUUUCCAUGUAAUAUGGCAAAUAAAAAUGAUCCAGAACAAAUUAAAGUUUUUGGAACGGGUGGAAAACUCUUGGAAGCAUUGAAAAGACUAACAAAAAAUUUAAAAAACUUAAGAUCUAUUGAAUUUAUUGAUCUUAUGUUGGAUAGUAGCGAAGCUCUUUAUUUUUUAGAUGUUAUUUGUGAAAACUGUACUGAAACUUUGAAGCGUCUUGUACUUAUUAAUGCUACAAAACUGCAUUGUCCGCUUUUACAUGUAGGAGUUUUUUUAAAUUUAAAUGUCCUAGUUAUAAGUCCUCAAAACUUGGAUGAAGACGUUUUAGAAUUGAUCGGAUAUACAAGAUUAAGCCACAUGCAUAUUUUUCAAAAUCGUUAUAGUCCGGUUGAUACAACUGUUCAAUUACCUAAACAUUUCAGCUGGGUGAAGUUAAGAAAAAAUAAUCCAAAAUUGAAAGUUCAUCUUGAAAUUGAAAGUUGUAAACCAGAAAUAAUAUUACCAAUCGAAUUUCCUGAGCAUUCGUCAAUUCCUUGUUAUAGUAUUGUCAUAGAUAAUCCAAUAGUACAAAUUUCAACAUCAAAAAUGAUCGCACAAGCAAUCAAUUUUCAAUCAACAUUAACAUUAUAUGCAUUAAAAUGCAUUCCAAAAUAUUACCAACAUCGCAAUUUUUCGAAACGUUUAGAUGAAGUGUUUGUUCGAUUAUGUAAAACCUGUUCAAAUAUUCAAACACUGAUGAUUCAUGAUAAAAUAUCAACCGCAACAAUCUUAGAGAUCGUAUCAAUAGCUAAAAAUUUGAAAAACUUAUAUGUUCGACGGAAUGCGGUGUUGAAGAGAUGUGAUAAGACAUUAUCAUUAAUUAGCAAUUGGACGCCUGAGCAUGAAAAAUGGAUAAAAACUAAUAGUAAUUCUUAUGAAAGUACUGAGAAAGAAGUAUCAAAAAAACUAGGAUACCGAUGGCGAAUGUUAUCUGAAAAAGAAUUUAAAAAUCAGACUUUGUAUUUAUAUAAUUGAAUUUCAAAUAUUCAAGGUAAGAAAUUAUGGACACAAGAAUUAAACCUGACUUUCAAGUGUUAUGAAAUAAAGGUAAUAUUAUUAAAAUAAAAUAAGUAAACACAAUAUGCAGAUUAUAAUAAUAAAUUCUAAAAUUUUUAUUAUUAAUUUAUGAUGUCACAACUGUCAAUAAAGUUUACUAUAAUCUUUUUUAUUUUAUUAAUUGAGUAUAAUGUACAUCGAUAAAAGUUAAAUUUCCAGUAAAACAAAAACUUCCAAACUUUGAACUUCAUUCAAGCAAUCCAUUUACUUGGAAUGCUAUUAUAAAGUAAUUCGCUAUAUUAAAAAAAUAAUCGUCUAUGUAAUUCACUAUUUAUCUUACUACACGUUAAUGAAGAUUCAAUGAUGAUACUAAUAAUUUGGAAUAAAUGUAAAAAAAAAAAUAAUUCAAUAGAAAA